CUCUGUCAGAGAAACACAGAUAAACUCCGUCUCUGUCAGUGUGAGCAGUGAAAUGGCUGAGGCCAAUAUCUCGGUGGAUCAGGACCAGUUCAGCUGUUCAAUCUGUUUGGAUCUACUGAAGGAUCCGGUGGCUAUUCCCUGUGGACACAGUUACUGUAUGGGCUGUAUUAAGGACUGCUGGGAUCAGGAUGAUCAUAUUGGUGUCUACAGCUGUCCCCAGUGCAGACAGACCUUCACCCCAAGGCCUGUUCUGGGCAGAAACACCAUGCUGGCUGAAGUGGUGGAGAAACUGAAGAAGACAGGACUCCAAGCUGCUCCUCCUGCUCACUGUUACGCUGGACCUGGAGACGUGGUGUGUGACAUCUGUACUGGGAGAAAGCACAAAGCCAUCAAGUCCUGUCUGGUGUGUCUGGCAUCUUACUGUGAAAUUCACCUCCAGACUCACUUUGAAUCUCCUCCUCUUAAGAAACACAAACUGGUCAAAGCCACUGGAAACCUGCAGGAGAAGAUCUGCUCUAAUCACGACAAACUGCUGGAGGUUUUCUGUCGUAGCGAUCAGCAGUGUAUCUGUAUGCUGUGUGUGAUGGAUGAACACAGAGGCCAUGAUACAGUCUCAGUGGUAGCAGAAAGGACUGAGAAACAGAAGCAGCUGGGGGUGACACAGAGUAAGUUCCAGCAGAGAAUCCAGGAGAGAGAGAAGGAGCUGCCGGAUCUGAGACAGGCUGUGCAGUCACUCAAGCGCUCUGCACAGACAGCAGUGGAGGACAGUGAGAGGAUCUUUACUGAGCUGAUCCGCUCCAUUGAGAGAAGGCGCUCUGAGGUGAAAGAGCUGAUCAGAGAUCAGGAGAAGGCUGAAGUGAGUCGGGCUGAAGGACUCCUGGAGCGACUGGAGCAGGAGAUUGCUGAGCUGAGGAGGAGAGAGGCUGAGCUGGAGCAGCUUUCACACACAGAGGAUCACAUCCAUUUCCUCCAGAGCUGUCAGUCCCUCUGUGCCCCUCCUGGACCUGGAGACUUACCCAGCAUCCCUGUCAGUCCAAACGUCUCUUUUGAGGCUGUGAGGAAAUCUGUCUCUGAACUGAAAGAGCGACUGGAGGAUGUUUUCAAGGCGGAGUUAGUCAAAGUUUCUGGAAGAGGUUCCAGUGCAGGUGUUGCUGACACCAGUGCAAACGGGCCUGACGGUGAAGGGCAGUCAUGGCAGGCCUCCUGGCAGCCCUAUGAGCCGGAGAUUGGCUGCGUACAGUCUGUUCCGGAUUGUCUGGGCCGAAAGCCGUGUGCCAUAUCGUCCUGCAAACCUUGACUGCAAAUCUGUAGAAGACAGCCUACGGUUCCUAAGUGCUGAAAGGGUGAGGAACCGGUCUUCUUGGGACGCCCACUUCACGGUCUGUCUCUGACAUCGCCCAUUUCAUGAGAUUUGGUACAUUUGACAUGAGCGCAACCCACAUACUCAGCUGUGCUGCUCAUCCCACAAAUGCAUGUUCCUUACAAAUGGGGCACCAUUUAAAAGGGAAAUAAACAGGCUUUCCAACGGAAUAAAAUGUGUUGCCAAGAAGCAUUGUUACAACAGAGAAAUAAUCUACCAUACACAAAUUUCCGAACUUUUUGUUUGGUGUUUAUUAUUAAUGAGAGUGGUGAGUGACAUUUCAGUCUGUCUCACAGGUUAUAUAUUAUUAAUGAGAGGGGUGAGUGACAUUUCAGUCUGUCUCACAGGUUAUAUAUUAUUAAUGAGAGGGAUGAGUGAUAUUUCAGUCUGUCUCACAGGUUAUAUAUUAUUAAUGAGAGGGGUGAGUGACAUUUCAGUCUGUCUCACAGGUUAUAUAUUAUUAAUGAGAGGGGUGAGUGACAUUUCAGUCUGUCUCACAGGUUAUAUAUUAUUAAUGAGAGGGGUGUGUGACAUUUCAGUCUGUCUCACAGGUUAUAUAUUAUUAAUGAGAGGGGUGAGUGACAUUUCAGUCUGUCUCACAGGUUAUAUAUUAUUAAUGAGAGGGGUGAGUGACAUUUCAGUCUGUAUCACAGGUUAUAUAUUCCUUGGUCCUGGAACGAGCUUCAGGCCAAGCUCAAACUUGAUUCUCUUAUUUCAUUAAACGAUUUUAAUUUGAGAAUAAUGCAUGUUCUCAUGUUAAGAUGCUACUGCUUUAAGUUGGACGGAUAUGUUUAAUUCACUGUUUCCCUGUGUUAUGUUCUGUCAUAUUGUAUGUAUUGUAAUGCACUUUGUUCUGUAUAUACCUAAAUAAUUCUGUAUAUUAUUGUAAAGGAUCCGUGAUUGUGAUUCUGUAAUCUUAUGCUGCUGUUUGACCCUGUCUUGGCUCGGUCUCAUUUGUAAAAGAGGUUUUAAUCUCAAUGUGACUUCCUAGUCACAUAAAGGUUUAUAUAUUACAGUGUGGAGGGACAUUUCAAGUGCUCACAAGCUCCAGAUGAUCCAGAAUAUCACAGAGGUGUUCAGUGUGAAUAGGGAUGAAAUCUAUAAAAGUACCCAGUAUGUUAGGGGCAGUUCUUCUGGCUAGGGCAUAACCCUAAAUGUUUUCAAUGUUGUUUAAUCUUGAGAGAACAAAAUACAGUAUGACCAGUAUGUCUUUGUUUACUAGGAUGCAAGAUACUGCAUAGAGAUGAGAGGAGAGAACACAAGUCAAAUUCCUCAGUAGUUUUAUGAUGAAACCAUCCUGUCUCCUCUCUCUGCUCUGUUUUAGUGUAACAUUUGAGACCCAUUCUGAUACUGUAUUCUGGGUGACAUCAGUUGUCAUUUACUUGCAGAUUGAAACAAGCAUUCAAUUUCUCUAGGAUCUCAGAAAAAGGUUCAUCUUUUUAUCUUGUGAUCUCUCUCUCCACAGUGGAAGAAGUCUCUGUUCUAGAGCCCCAGACCAGACAGGACUUCUUACAAUGUGAGUCUGUAAUUAAGCCUUAAA